GUCAUCCCGGAAGACGCAGCAGUAGCGUGAAAGCUGUCAGUGUGCGAGCGGUUUAGUUCAAAACCACCCGAGUAUUUUAAUUCAUUUCAGUAUUUAACUAUUUUUCAUCAUGUCUGCUAGAAAUCUGGGAAUGCAUCUUGAUCUGGAAUGGGUGUCAAAAGUCAGAGUCAACACCCAGGCUGUUCUGAAAAGGGCGCAACAGAUACAGGGAUGUAAAGUUGCCAAAAAACAGUGGCAGGCAGCCUGGCUGCUAAAGGCUCUCACGUGCAUCGAUCUGACCACCCUUGCUGGAGAUGACACGCCAUCUAAUGUCCAUCGCCUCUGUAUGAAGGCUAUACAGCCGAUGCGUCACGACCUGCUGAAGAGUAUGGACAUGCAUGACAAAGGUAUCACAACUGCCGCUGUUUGCGUUUAUCCAUCAAGGGUGGCCGAUGCUGUGAAAUCUUUAAAGGCGGCCAACUCUAGUCUUCCUGUUGCAUCAGUGGCCACUGGUUUUCCUGCCGGACAGACGCCACUAAAGACCCGUCUGGAGGAGGUCCGUAUGGCUGUGGAAGAUGGUGCCACGGAGAUUGACAUUGUUAUCAACCGAACAUUGGCACUUACUGGACAGUGGGCAGCCCUAUAUGAUGAGAUAAAGCAGUUCAGGGAGGCCUGUGGGGACGCACAUAUGAAGACCAUCCUGGCAGUGGGAGAACUGGGAACCUUUACCAACGUCUACAAGGCCAGUCUGGUGUCCAUGAUGGCAGGAUCCGAUUUCAUCAAAACUUCAACUGGCAAGGAAUCUGUCAACGCCACUUAUCCUGUUGCCAUAGUAAUGGUGCGGGCCAUCUGUGACUACUACCUGAAAACAGGUCAUAAGGUGGGUUUCAAGCCCGCGGGCGGCAUUCGUACGGCGCAGGAGUCGCUGGUGUGGCUGACCCUGAUGAAAGAGGAACUGGGUGACGAUUGGUUGAAUCCUCACCUAUUCAGACUGGGAGCGAGUAGUCUGCUUGCUGACAUCGAGCGGCAGAUUUACCACCACGUGACCGGGCGCUAUCCAGCAUAUCAUGAACUUCCUAUGGCCUGAACCUCGAUGGCCAUUGAAGCUUUAAAUAGUUUAAAACAACCGGUAGCAACUGUGUAUGGAAAGAUGUGACAUCCCUUUCUAAAGAAAAUGAAUUCUUAUGAUGAAACGAAGAAAGAAUAUCCAUAUCACCACAAACCGAAUGUAUUUUAUUACACUGUAAAAACUUGAGGAAUGCAAGCUAUCUUAUAAAAAAUUCUGGAUGCCAUGGUGCAACCUGUCUACCAAACUAUCAGAAGUAAAAGCGCUCAUUUUACAUCAGUGUAAAGGUCUCUUGCAUCACCUCGUUCUUUUAAGAAAUUCCCAGCAGCUGUUCUGCAGACAACCCCGCGCAUCUGGCAAGCUUCACCUGGGCUUACGACUGCCACGUCCACGGCUGAUAUUACUAGACUUGAGCUGGGAUAAUUUCAUUAAUAAAGAGACGGAUCUCUGAA